AAUGUCACAUAAAUUACCCACCACUGUUUAUUCUCAUCUCCUUAGUAUCUCCUAAAUUUGUUCUUCUCAAGUUCUAAAUUGUAUUUUUAUUCCUUUAUUGUUCUUUCAGGGUUUUGAAGCCAUGACAACAUCGGAUAAGCCCAAACACGCAGAAGGAGAAGAAAAUGAAGAACACAAAUCAGGUUUUUUAGGCAAAGUGAAGGGUUUCAUACACGAUGUUGGAGAAAAAAUUGAAGAGAAGGUUGGAUUUGGUAAGCCAACAGCUGAUGUAAAAGCGAUACACAUCGAUUCAAUCGAUUUAAAAAGAGCCGAGCUCCGUGUUGAAGUCCUCAUCACAAACCCAAAUCCCAUACCCAUACCUCUAGUUGAUAUAAACUACCUAAUUGAGAGUGAUGGUCGAAAGCUUGUUUCAGGCUUAAUCCCUGACAAGGGUACGAUUCAUUCCCAUGGAUCAGAAACAAUUCAAAUCCCAUUAACUAUAAUUUACGAGGACAUCAAGAGCACCUAUAAUGACAUCAACCCCGGUAGUAUAAUUCCUUACAAAGUUCGUGUCGAGCUCAUUGUAGAUGUACCCGUUAUCGGAAGACUCACACUGCCCAUGGAAAAGACAGGAGAAAUACCAGUACCGUAUAAGCCAGAAGUUGAAUUGGCGAAGAUUAGGUUUGGCAAGUUUGCGUUUGAUGAAACAAGUGCAACUUUACACAUCAAAUUGGAUAACAAGAACGACUUUGAUUUGGGCUUAAACGUAUUGGAAUAUGAAGUAUGGAUAGCCGGCACAAAUAUUGGAGGUGCCCGUCUAUCCAAAUCUGCAAAGAUAGAAAAGAAAGGGCAAGGGAUUGUUGAGGUUCCAAUUUUAUUUAGACCAAAGGAUUUUGGGUCUGCAAUGUGGGAGAUGAUUAGAGGAAGAGGAACUGGAUAUUCAAUCAAGGGAAAUAUUGAUGUUGAUACUGUAUUUGGACCCAUGAAAUUACCAUUCGAAAAACAAGGCGGUCGAACACGCCUUAGGAAGGAACAUGAUGAUAAAGAUGAUGACGAGGAUUGAAUGCGCUGCAAAUUUGUGGGACAUGGAAGAAGAGAGGAAAUACAUUUAUGCCGCAUUUUGAUAUGCAUUAGGUGCAGGUGCAAAUGCAACUGGCAGGCCAUUAAUUAUAGCAAAAAUAGCAAGCAAAGAAAUGUAAAACUAGAAUUCUAAAUUUUGUGGUGGUGUUUAAGAUUGUACAAAUAUACCCUCCCCAUUAUACUUGAUCCAAAUUCCCAAUUAUUUUAUUUUCGAAUUUUUGUUC